UGUUCGUAUAAACCCGCACACUCACUGGCUGCACUUUGGCCACAUUUGGAUUUGCAAUGGAGGAGGAGAAACCUGGGGUGGCGGCAGCAGCAGCAGCAGCAGCACCACCACCAGAAGAAGAAGAAGAGCUACAACAACCAAAACCCUCUCUCUUCCCUCUUUUUCCCGCUUCAGACGCUUCUCGCUCUCAGCCUCAGCGCCCCAGUCUCCCUCAAUGGCUCAGCAACUCCAGCUUCACCGCGGACCUCGCCCUCAUCGGCGACGCUGUUUCCAACCUAAACCCCACCGCACUCUCCAGCCCACCGCUACCCGAAACAGACUCAGAACAAGAAGAAGAGCCGCAAGAGGAACGGAUCAAAUCAAAGGCUCCGCCUUCCUAUGAGCUUCUCGAAUCUUCCUCGGAAUCCGACCGAGCCUCAAGGAAGGAAAGAAGCGAUAAGACGAAGAGGAAGAAGAAGCGGAAGAGGAAGAAGUCCAGAGAGAGAGGAGGGCUCGACGAUUACCACCAGGCGAGAAAGUCCGAUGUUCGAGCUUGGGCGGGUUCAGAAACCAAGCCUUCCAAAGAUUAUUACUUCGACUCGCGCGGCGAUCCUGAUAACUUGGCUUUCGGGUGCCUUUACAAAAUGGAUAUUCCCCGCUACAAACCUUAUAAUCCUUUGAAGCUAUCUGGGCGUGAUUUUCAAAGUUCAUACCGGUGGAACCAGAGGGGUUCAGUGUUUGAUAGAGAUGGUGAUGUUGAUGCAUUGGAUAGUAAACUAGUAUCUGCUGGUCGUUAUUGGUCUGCAAAGUAUACAGCUUUGGAGCGGCAUAAAAACUUGAAGCGUGUACAUCUUGUUGCACCUCAAAAGUCCACAGCAGAUGAGUUCAUUCCUUUAUCUGAUAUUCAAACCUUCGAUGGGGGUGUUGAUGGUAGUUCUGUCUCAGGAACUUCAAUGAUUGAAGAAUCUUGGGAAGAUGAAGUUCUACGCAAAACACGGGAAUUCAACAAACUGACAAGGGAGCAACCACAUAAUGAAAAGGCCUGGUUGGCUUUUGCAGAGUUCCAGGACAAGGUUGCGGGUAUGCAACCCCAGAAAGGUGCUCGCUUGCAGACUCUUGAAAAGAAGAUUAGCAUAUUGGAGAAGGCGGCUGAGCUUAACCCAGAUAAUGAAGAUUUGUUGCUUUGUCUUCUGAAGGCGUAUCAUAGCAGAGACAGCACUGAUCUUUUGCUUGGUAGAUGGGAAAAGAUACUCAUGCAUCAUUCAGGUAGUUACAAGCUGUGGAGAGAGUUCCUGCGUGUUGUUCAAGGGGAGUUCUCGAGAUUCAAGGUUUCAGACAUGAGAAAAAUGUACGCACAUGCAAUCCAGGCUCUAUCUGCUGCAUGCAGCCAGCACUCUAGGCAGGUUCACCAUUCUGCAAAGCCACUUACUCCAGAUACUAUUCAGCUAGAACUUGGUCUUGUUGAUAUAUUCCUCAGUCUUUGCAGGUUUGAGUGGCAGGCUGGUUACCAGGAGUUGGCUACUGCUUUAUUUCAGGCUGAACUUGAAUUUAGCUUGUUUUGUCCUUUACUUCUAACUGAGCACAGUAAAAGGAGACUGUUUGAGCACUUUUGGGAUGGUGAAGGUGCAAGAGUUGGAGAAGAAGGGGCCCUUGGUUGGUCCACAUGGUUGGAGAAAGAGGAGGAGAAUAGGCAAAGGAUUGUCAAAGAGGAGGAGGCCUCAUUUGAUGACGAAAAAGGUGGUUGGACAGGUUGGUCAGAACCACUAUCCAAGGAUAAGGAUAGUGGUAUAAAUUCAUUAAAUGCAGCCAACAAUGACUUGGAUGAUGAGGAGCUUCAAGAGGAAUUUGAGAAUGAAGAUACCAAGCAGGAAGAUGAAACUGAAGCUUUACUAAAAAAACUAGGCAUUGAUGUUGAAGCUGAGGCUAGCUGUGAGGUGAAAGACACUUCCACUUGGUCUAGAUGGUCAGAAGAAGAGUCAUCAAGGGACCGUGAUCAAUGGAUGCCUGUCCACGGGAAAUCUGCUGGGGGUUCUCGUAGCGAUGGGACACCUGAUAGAGAAGCGGAUGAACAACUUUCGAGAGUUAUAUUGUAUGAAGAUGUCAAUGAAUACCUGUUUUCAUUAAGCUCAGGAGAGGCCCGUUUAUCUCUAGUAUCCCAUUUCAUUGAUUUCUUUGGUGGGAAAGUAUCUCAAUGCAUUUGCACAAACAGUUAUAGUUGGAUUGAGAAAAUCCUCAGCUUAGAGGCAUUGCCAGAUUCGAUAUUACUACCUUUGAAAGGGGUUCAUGAUGCUUCAACCCAAACACAGAACAGUUUGGAAGAGCUUUUGGGCAGCACCACUGAUAUCUCUAAGAGGGUUGACAUGAUGAAAUUUCUUCGUAAUGCUACACUACUUUGUUUAACUGCAUUUCCACGUAAUUAUAUCCUGGAAGAAGCUGCUCUAGUUGCUGAAGAGCUAUCUGUUGUGAAAAUGAAUUCUUGCAGCAGCUCUGAUACACCGUGCCGAGCUCUGGCAAAGAGUCUAUUAAAAAGUGAUCGACAGGAUGUAUUGCUGUGUGGAGUUUACGCACAAAGAGAAGCUGCUUAUGGGAAUUUUGAUCAUGCAAGAAGAGUGUUUGACAUGGCACUUUCAUUAAUUGAAGGGCUACCAAUGGAACAACGGUCUAAUGCUCCUCUUCUGUAUUUUUGGUAUGCUGAGGCAGAGCUGGCCAAUGAUCCUGGCAAUAGUAGCCAAUCAACAUAUCGUGCACUGCACAUUUUAUCGUGCUUAGGAAGUGGCGCAACAUACAGUCCAUUUAAAUGUCAACCAUCAAAUCUGCAGCUGCUGAGAGCACACCAAGGAUUUAAAGAAAAAAUUAGAACAGUAAGAUCUGCUUGGGUACGUGGUCUUAUAGAUGAUCAAUCUGUUGCUCUUAUAUGUUCGGCUGCUUUAUUUGAGGAGUUGGCCACUGGAUGGGCUGCGGGUAUUGAAGUUUUAGAUCAAGCUUUUGCGGUUGUGCUUCCAGAGAGAAGAAGCCAUAGCUAUCAACUUGAGUAUUUGUUCAACUAUUAUGUGAGGAUGCUUCAGAGACAUCAGAAGCAAUUUAGCCUAUCAAAAAUCUGGGAGUCCAUCUCUCGGGGGCUGCAAAUAUAUCCUUACAGCCCAGAACUUUUUAAAGCUUUAGUGGAGAUUGGCCAUCUUUACACAACAUCGAAUAACCUGCGGUGGAUGUUUGAUGACUUCUGCCACAAGAAACCAUCUGUGAUUGUUUGGAUUUUCGCCCUGUCGUUUGAGAUGAGUAGAGGAAGUUCUCAGCAUCGUAUCCAUGGAUUGUUUGAAAGGGCAUUGGCAAAUGAUAAUUUGCGUAACUCGGUUGUACUUUGGCGUUACUAUAUUGCUUAUGAGAUUAACAUAGCCCACAAUCCUUCUGCAGCCAGGCGAAUUUUCUUCCGAGCUAUCCAUGCCUGUCCUUGGUCUAAAAGGCUAUGGCUCGAUGGUUUUCUCAAGCUGAACUCCAUCCUAACUGCAAAAGAUCUGUCAGAUCUCCAAGAAGUCAUGCGGGAUAAGGAACUGAACCUGAGGACUGACAUUUAUGAAAUCCUUUUGCAGGAUGAGCCCAUAUCAUGAAAUUGUCUGUUACUCUACUUAUAGCAGCACCAAAUGAAAUCGAUACUUUUUAUGGAUUAAACAUGUGCAAAGUAUGGAUGGCGUGGAAGAAAACCAUUACAAAUAGUGAGGUAUAUGAUAAUUUCAACAAUGGUGUCGGAUUUCUUAAGGCACAGCAAAAGUUGAAAAUAAUUUUGAUAAUGCAGCU